AUACCAUUUGACCUUUCGAAGGUUCUCUAAGCAGUAUUUAACUGAUGCAAAAGGAACAUACUUGCAAUUGUCUACUUUUGACAUGACAGACCCUCCUCUUAGUUCACACAAUGUUCAAAAGGCACAAGUCCCUCGCUUCAGAACGCAAGAGAGCAUUACUUUCCCAAAGAGCUACACGGUUCAUACUGAAGGAUGAUAUGAGAAAUUUUCACUUUUUGUCAAAACUUGUACUCUCAGCGGGGCCUCUAAAACCAAUUCCAGCAGUCAAACAUUCAAAAACGACUCACUUUGAGAUUGAAAUACUUGAUGCUCAAACAAGGAAACAGAUAUGUAUUCUGGAUAAGGUGACACAAUCAUCUACUAUUCAUGAUGUUAAGCAAAAGUUUCACAAAACAUGUCCAAAGUGGUACCCUUCUCGAGUUGGUCUGCAGCUAGAAUGUGGCGGGCCUUUUUUGAAGGACUAUGUUACCAUUCAAAGUAUUGCAGCUUCCUCCAUUGUCACACUGUAUGCUACAGACCUAGGUCAACAAGUCAGUUGGACCACAGUAUUUUUGGCUGAAUACACAGGACCUCUGCUAAUAUACCUCCUCUUUUAUUUGAGGAUCCCAUGUAUAUAUGAUGGAAAACAGAGUGCUAGAAGAUUACGCCACCCGGUGGUACAUUUGGCUUGCUUCUGUCAUUGUAUACACUACAUCCGAUACCUUUUGGAAACCUUAUUUGUUCACAAAGUUUCUGCAGGACACACACCUUUGAAAAAUUUGAUAAUGAGUUGUGCCUUUUACUGGGGAUUUACUUCUUGGAUUGCCUACUACAUUAAUCAUCCACUAUAUACACCACCAUCAUUUGGAAACAGGCAAAUCACAGUAUCUGCUAUCAAUUUUCUGAUUUGUGAAGCUGGGAAUCAUUUCAUCAAUGUAAUGUUGUCUCAUCCCAGUCACACAGGAAGCAAUGCCUGUUUCCCAAGUCCAAAUUAUAACCCCUUCACAUGGAUGUUUUUCCUGGUUUCAUGUCCUAACUACACCUAUGAGAUUGGAUCAUGGAUUAGUUUCACAGUCAUGACCCAAACACUGCCAGGUGGUCUCACUGCCUAAGACAUCAAAAGAAAAAUCCUGACAAAUUUACACCAUCUUGUUAUCAAUAGUAAUGCUACAGGUAUAAUCCUGCAGUAGCCAUGUACACAUUUUUAGCCUUUAAAACCUAACCUUCAUUUAUAGGUUUUAGGAGUUACUAUUCAUAAGUAUGUACACAUAUGCCUAUGUAUAUGGGUGGGUGUGUAAAUGUGCACACUUACAAACUUUAAUGAUACUCUCUAAUAUAUAAGAUUUAUGUAAAUAAUAAGUUUGCAUUGCUGACUAAAAAAUUGUGCAUUUCCUUUAAUAUAAAACAAAUCUAUAUAAUCUCACAUAUUCAUGGUUUUUUUGCCACAUAUCUAAGUAACUUAAUUUUAGCUCAUGGAGUAUUUUGCAGGAGCAGCAUUCAACACUGCAUAGAUUAGUUGUAGGUGUCUCAGUUACAUUUACAUAUCAGUGUAUUUGGUGGGGAAAGAAGACGAAAAAUAGAACAUUUAAAUAUAAAAUUAAAAUAAAAUAUGACAUUUAUUUAUGAUAGAUGUCAUGAUUUGAUCAUAUUCAUAGGAAAAACAUUAAUGAAAAAUUUAAAUGCAGAAAAAUAUAUACACACACUACACAAAUUAACUAUAACAUUACUACCAUAGUUACUUAUUGAAGUAAUAUGCUGUCCUAAAUAUGUUUCGUUAUACCAUGCUCUCUCAGAGUUAACACUCUCAUCCUAUAAAUAAAAGAUAUAUUUUCAAAUUCUAAAA